GCACUUCUGCACUCGGAAUCAUGGCGGAGCACAUGCAGCUUGCAACUGAAGAAGGCCAGGAGAUGCUGUUGGAGGAAAUCCCAGAAAGUCCCAGCGCCAAACCAAGGCACUGGUACCUUGCUGGUGCCGGCCUUGCCCUGCUUGUGGUGCUUGGAGUGGCUGCCAAGGUUGUGUACCGCUCACCUGAGACCUUGCUGCAGUCCAAGAACUUCGACAUCAACACUGUCCAGGAAUGGGAGCAGAUCCCUGGAAUCGACCAGGUGGUGGAGCACGCCAAGACCUUGGAAUUGAAGCAGCCGUUGCGAAAUCUCAACGACCUCUUCUACGAAUCUCAGCCGGAGGAGCUUCCUUGGAUCCGCACCGAGUGCGUCAUUGAUGUGGUUCAGGGAGCUGCUUACUUGGGCCAGGCUGUGGUCUUCCUUUACAAGGCCAUCAAAUAUGAUGGAAUUCGAUGCCCAGACAAUUCUCCAGCAGGUUGUGCUGCGAGUAUUGCGGGUUUCAUCACCUCAGUGACUUGGAUUGCCUCCUACCUGUCCUUCGCAGCAAAUGCAUGCGGUGCAGCGGUGAACUCUGGCGCCCUUUGUGCUGGCGACUGGACUGCUUUGAUGGCCAACUUCGGUGAAAUGGCCACUGUAGGAGCGGCUGUGAAGGAGGACUGCGACUUCAAUAAGGACUGGCUUGCUCUCCUCAAGAUCACUGGCACUGAUGAUGCAGGACCAGGAUGGAAGACUUUCGUCCCCGCUGGUGCUAUGCCCACAGUUGAGACUGUCCAGAAGGCGGACCGAAACCGUGCCUUUGACCUCACCCAGUGCGUCGUCGCAGAUGUGACCAACGCGGCCGCUUACAUCGUGCGAGCCAUUCUCCAGAUCCGCUCGGCCGCAUCGGCCUGCCCAGAGCCAAAGUCGCUGGCUGUGUCUGACUGCUGGGACAAGGGAAGUCAGAAGGCCUUGUGCGCGGCCGACAUCUCUGACAUGGUUGCAGCAGUGACGAACGGUCCUGCGGCAGGCAUCGCAACCACCUCCGAUUGUGCAGACAUGCCAGACCCGCUUGAAGAGGAGAAGCACUUGCCAAUGGAGAUGCUGUUGGAGGAAAUCCCAGAAAGUCCCAGCGCCAAACCAAGGCACUGGUACCUUGCUGGUGCCGGCCUUGCCCUGCUUGUGGUGCUUGGAGUGGCUGCCAAGGUUGUGUACCGCUCACCUGAGACCUUGCUGCAGUCCAAGAACUUCGACAUCAACACUGUCCAGGAAUGGGAGCAGAUCCCUGGAAUCGACCAGGUGGUGGAGCACGCCAAGACCUUGGAAUUGAAGCAGCCGUUGCGAAAUCUCAACGACCUCUUCUACGAAUCUCAGCCGGAGGAGCUUCCUUGGAUCCGCACCGAGUGCGUCAUUGAUGUGGUUCAGGGAGCUGCUUACUUGGGCCAGGCUGUGGUCUUCCUUUACAAGGCCAUCAAAUAUGAUGGAAUUCGAUGCCCAGACAAUUCUCCAGCGGGUUGUGCUGCCAGUAUUGCGGGUUUCAUCACCUCAGUGACUUGGAUUGCCUCCUACCUGUCCUUCGCAGCAAAUGCAUGCGGUGCAGCGGUGAACUCUGGUGCCCUUUGUGCUGGCGACUGGACUGCUUUGAUGGCCAACUUCGGUGAAAUGGCCACUGUAGGAGCGGCUGUGAAGGAGGACUGCGACUUCAAUAAGGACUGGCUUGCUCUCCUCAAGAUCACUGGCACUGAUGAUGCAGGACCAGGAUGGAAGACUUUCGUCCCCGCUGGUGCUAUGCCCACAGUUGAGACUGUCCAGAAGGUCGAUGCGCUUCGAACUGCGGACCGAAACCGUGCCUUUGACCUCACCCAGUGCGUCGUCGCAGAUGUGACCAACGCGGCCGCUUACAUCGUGCGAGCCAUUCUCCAGAUCCGCUCGGCCGCAUCGGCCUGCCCAGAGCCAAAGGCCUGUGCCAUUAACAUCAUGAAUAUCAUCUCCUCGUUUGCAUGGAUCUCCCAGUUCACGUCGCUGGCUGUGUCUGACUGCUGGGACAAGGGAAGUCAGAAGGCCUUGUGCGCGGCCGACAUCUCUGACAUGGUUGCAGCAGUGACGAACGGUCCUGCGGCAGGCAUCGCAACCACCUCCGAUUGUGCAGACAUGCCAGACCCGCUUGAAGAGGAGAAGCACUUGCCAAUGGACUAAGUCCUGGCCUGUCUUCUUGAUGCCAAUUCCAUGGUUGGCCACGGAACUUGACAUGAGGUAGGAUCUCGACUUUGUAGCGGCCUUUUCUGUUUUCUUCCAAAUCACUAGAGGCGUACUUAGCCAGGGAUGUUCCCUCUUGAAUUGUACCAGUUGGAGACUGGACCUGCUGAUUGGCCGGGACAGAUUGAGCGAAAGCUGUUAUCAUCUGUUUUGACCUUGAUGCAACUUCUUUUCAACCCAACACUAUGUUGCCACCUGUUGCCACCUGUUGCCACCUGUUGCCACCUGUUGCCACCUGUUGCCACCUGUUGCCACCUGU